ACAUGAGGCACUUGACGGGAAUUUUAUUUUAGUUUUUUUAAAAAAGAACUCAAUUGAUUUUUUUUUUAAAAAUAAUCUUGCUGAACAAGUACUUUUGAUUUUUGGCAAAAGUUUGCAGUUUUGUUGAAAACUCCGAUCAAUUUCCGAUCUGAAAAAUGGACAGCCAACUGGUUGAGAUGUGCAUGGCAUCGGCGACGGAGAGCCUUGACGCUAUCGAAGCGUGGCGGAGGCAGCGGCGGACACUGGAAAUGAUGCCUUCUCACCUCGCUGAAGCUCUUCUUCACCGCCUUCUUCGCCGGCGUCUCCUCUUCCCGUCUUUACUCGAAGUGUUUAAAUUUUGUGUCGACGGGAUCGACUUAAGGGGAGAGAGUUAUGUGGAUGCAGAAUGGAUGGCAUAUAUAGGUGGUUUUGACCACUUGCAUUCUCUAAAUUUAUCAGAUUGUAACAAAAUUAACAGUUCAGCCAUUUGGGCUAUUACAGGAAUGACAAACUUAAAGGAGCUUGACCUCUCCAGGUGCUCGAAGAUUACUGAUGCUGGAGUUAGACAUCUAACAACCAUUCCAAGUUUGGAAAAGUUAUGGAUUCCAGAAACAGGUGUCACAGCUGAUGGUGUCAUAACCCUGACUUCGUUAACCAACUUAUCCUUGUUGGAUUUGGGAGGCCUGCCUGUAUCUGAUUCGGCUCUGUGUAAUCUUAAGGUUCUCAGGAAACUACAACAUUUGGAUAUUUGGGGGAGUGAAGUAUCAAACAAAGGAGCAUCUCAUCUUAAAUGGUUCCCGAAAUUGAGUUCUCUGAAUUUGGCCUGGACCAAGGUCACUAUGUUGCCGGGUCUGCCUUCUCUUGCAUGCCUAAACAUGAGCAAUUGUACGAUACAUUCUAUAUUCGAAGGAGGAGGACAGAAAGCUCUUCUUACAAAGCUUAUUCUGUCUGGAGCAACCAUAAAAGAUGUCUCUGAAGCUUUCCUACACCUUGAAACAUCUUCCCUCUCUCAUCUGGAUCUUUCAAAUUCGUCUCUUAAUUCGUUCUGUUUUCUGCCAUAUAUGAGAAUGAUAUCAGAUUUAGAUCUCAGUGGCACAUCUGCAGGAGAUGAGUCAGUUGAACACAUUGCAUUUGUAGGUCAAAAUUUGCGUCAUCUAAAUCUCAGCCGGACAAAAUUAAGCUCUGCAGGACUGAGAACCUUAGCUGAUUUUGUUCCCAAGCUUGAAACUUUAUUGUUGUCUUACACAGCCAUUGAUGAUUCUGCUAUCCCCUUCAUGAGCUUCAUGCCUUCGCUAAAAUAUAUUAGUAUGAGUGGUACAAAUAUCAGCGGUAUUUCCAAUGAGAUGGACUCUGAUCCUAAUUAUGUUUCGUCACUGUCCGGGUUGUCUAGUCUUGAACAUUUGGAGAGAUUGGAUUUGGAGGAGACUCGAAUCAAGGAUUCAGCUUUGGCUCCUUUGCCGAGCUUUCGUAAAUUGAGCCAUUUAUUUUUACGGAGUGGUUCCCUUGCUGACACCACUUUGCAUCAGUUGUCGUCUAUUACAAGCUUGGUAACCCUGGGGAUUCGUGAUGGCGUGCUCACUAAUACUGGGCUCGAUGUGUUCAACCCUCCGCCACCUAUGAAGAUUCUUGAUCUCAGGGGUUGUUGGCUUUUGACAGAGGAUGCUGUGUUGUCAUUUCAGCAAAGGCAUCCUCAAAUUGAAGUAAGGCAUGAUCUUCUUAGUAUUGCAAUGGUGAAAAGGUUAUCUCUUAGCUCACCUUUGUCCCAAGCGACACCACGGACCAAACUACACAAAAACAAGAAGGGAGGGUCAUCAACAUCUCCCCUUAGAUCUAUCAGAGACGGUUUUCUUGAUCAAAGAUUGAAGUACACCAACGAAGAACUACUUGCAAUGAGGUUUGACUCUGCCUCUAUUUCCAGUGACAAUGUUGUUCAGAUACCUCAUGAGUUGGCAAAUGAUGGAUAGAAUUUCUUGGAUUCAUCUCAUGUGCGUAUUCUAUUACCUGUCGAUAGUAGUUCUUGAGUUUCUUUUUCAAUGUCGAAAUUCUAAUAUUUCUUUUUUUGAAUGAUGCAUAGUAUAACUCAGAAUGCUAAAUGUCCAGGCUGUUGUAACGUCCCAUUUGCUUGUUACUUUUUACGUGACUCAGAUUACCAUCUGUCAAGGACAAGAUUUCAUAGUUCUAAAGCUCCCAAAUGCUUGUAUUGCAUUGGAACCUUUGAGGCUAGAUGUUUAUUAGCUAUGAUUUUGGUUAUUUUUUGUAGCUAAUCUGUUGUAUUUUACGAUUUCUUGAUCAUUCUGGUGACAUUAUUUGUAAUGUAUACUAACCCAGAGAUGUUGUCAUUCUUGAAUUUGCAGAAGUUAAAGAAAUAUCAUGUUUCGAGGUAUUACAUUUUUUGUGCAAUGCCUUUUUAAAUUUUUAUUUAGAACGAAAACCCCACUCCUAUGCAAUAGCUGGGCCACCCAGAAGGGUAUGAUUUUGGUUAUUUUUGUAGCUAUCUGUUGUAUUUUACAAUUGCUUGUAUAGAUGAAUUGCAGAAGUUAAAGAAAUAUCAUGUUUCGAGGUAUUACAUUUUUUGUGCAAUGCCUUUUUAAA